ACGCAACAAGAGGCAGACCUGCAAGACGCACUCCGUGAGUCGAAUGUACGGAACGAGUCACAGAAGGCUCGCAUGUCGGGUAUGCAAGCAACAGCUGUGCUGUCAGACAUAUACCUUCGUGCGUCUCGUUCACAGCUCCAGGCGCAGGAAGAGGCCAAGGGGAAGAAGAAGUCGACGAGGAUCUUCUCCGAUGGGCUCCCAAGAUUGCUGACCGAUGACCAGGUCUUCGAUACUGUGGUCCAGCAUGAGCAUGCAGCAGCUAAGAAGAAAACAGACAAGGCGGUUCGCAAGGAGGCGAGGAGUGUCCAUGGUGUCGCUAUCGCGGGCUGGAAGAAGGCGGAGGAGGCGAGGAAAGCGCGGAACACGGCACGGCGCGAGGUUCACAGGACAGCUGUCAAAGCCUGGGAA